AUGGCCCCAACACAGAGCAAGGGUCCGAUGUCCGGCUGCUGUCCGUCCAGGCGGCCCCAGGCCUGCGAGCGUUGUUGGAAGCGGAAGCAAAAGUGCGACCGGCUGAUUCCCACCUGCACGGCCUGCGUCGAGGCCGGGGCUCAUUGCAAUCCGCGUCAGGUCCCGGUGGUGCCUUCCGACGACAGCAGUGGGCUCUCGCACGCGGCCUUGCCUGGUUACAUAGAGUCCCUCACCCAAAGGAUUGAGCUGUUGAAGGCCUUCUCGCAGCGUAAGCGACAGCGAGUAGCAUCAGAGGACGUUGGUGAACAUGCCACACCACCUUUGAACCCAGAAGGGCUGGACAGCUCGGUGCAGGCCGCCAUGGGGGAAAUUGGCUUUCUCUCACGCAGUGCCAUGGCAGAGCCUCGCGAGGGGGCCAGUGGCUUUCCACGACAGCUUGCCAUGAGCGAGAUGCUGCAGGCAAUGCUCAGUCUGAGUGGCCAGAGCCCAUCCAAGUCCAACGGCGCAGCUACCGAGACAUCGGAAUGGGAUCUCGUCGCAGUCGCAGAACCCCGGCAGACCCUCAGGGAGGACUUUGCCGCGCCAUUCCUGCAACGAUUCCUGCGGAACAUCGGCAUGUACUAUCAGCGUUUUGACAGGACCGCACUCGAAGCUCAGUACGCAGCUUUCUUUGACGAUACCAGCUCCGGUUCACUCGAGACGUCGGAUGCUUCUAAAGCACACCGAGAUUUCUGUGUCUACCUUGCCAUUGCCAUUGGAAUGCUUCUAUCACCACGGCCCAGCCGACUGGAGGUCUUGUCGCAGAGUCUGCAUUCGGCAGCCAGCAAGCUGCUUCCCAGGAUCCUCCAGACUGGAAAUGGUGCAAAUCUCAUCCAUUGCCUGAUGCUGUUGGUCGUAUAUUCGAUUCUGAGCCCAAAUGGAGGGUCGGCUUGGCACUUGCUUGGGCUGGCGAUGAAGAGAUGCGUGGCCUUUGGCAUGCAUAAAGAGCAGGAUGCAGCUUCCACUCUGCCGAAAGGGGAGAGUAGCCCAAGACAGCAUCUUUUCUGGACCUUGUAUUGUCUCGACCGGACUAUCUGCACCGUCAUGGACCGCCCGUUCGCCAUCCAGGACGAGGACAUCAAUUUGCCUUUCCCAGAGCAGCCUGCAGAUGAUACUGACGCCCAGGCAGCAUUCGAGUUUCAUCUGCUGCUGUACGCGAAGCUCGCCACAAGCAUUCGCCACAACGACGAGCGAUGCCCACUGUUUCACUAUAGGAAUGUAUGCUUUUGGAGAGACGUGCCGCGUGAGGUGCGCCCAUUCUUAGACUCCAACGAGACGGCGCGCAACUACAUUGAGCAGCUGUCAUGCAGGGCGCUUACCCAGAUCCUCGCUCUCUACAUGGUGCACGACUACGCGAGUCCCAUCUCGGAGUCGCACCUGCUGGAGAUAGAGCAGGAUAUACGUGGCAGCUGCGAGAGAAUGAUCGAACAGAUGUAUCGAUCCUUAGAUCGCCCUCCUUCGGUGGUAGCAUUCACCGACGGCUACGACAUCUUUGCGGCCGGGGUAGCCAUCAUCUGCAUGAAUAGCCCAACGAACACAGAGCAUGUUUUGGUCGAUGCGACCGUAGUGAACAAAUGCGUUGCAGUCCUGACUGCCUUGGGAGAGCGAUUUCCGGGGAUCAAGGUGUUUCGGAGGGUUCUGUUGGCCGUAUCGGACGUUGGCUCAGGACGACAGACGGAGGACCUAUCUGUAAGCACAGCUCAUGAUCCCCGAGCAGAGUUUAGCUAA